AUGCGGCAGUCAGAUGAAUCCGUGGCAGAUUUCUAUCAGAGGUAUAAGGGACUAGCAUUAGAAAUUGAUCCUAAAAUCUCAGAAAAAACGCUCAAAAGGCACCUCCUUCCGAAGCUACGUCUGAAUAUCCUUCAGUUAAUGGGCGGAGUUGAUGCUGAUAAAUUAGCGUUGCCAGAUCUGAUGAGAACAGCAGCUAAAGUUGAAUUACACAUGCUUCAACGAAAGAAAGGAGCUCAACAAAGAACUGGCGAAUUAGCAGAAUCCUCCAUGGCAAUGAAGUCUUCGAGAAAUCAGGAACAACGAGAAAUCUAUUCAUAUACAACAAAAAGAUGUUCAACUAAUCCUGAAUCCGUAGUAGCUGCCUUUCCCUAG